GGGAUGGUCAGUUUUUCACACCACACACACAGAAGACGCAGUGUAACAUAAGAGACGAGCCACAGUCAUGGAUGCAGGUUCAGCUCGCAGGCACGGCCGCACGCUCCACGCUGAGAAGUCGAAGAGGAGGCAGGACAAGGCGCCGUCGCAGACUGAUUUGAUUGUACAUGAAGGCUUCUACAACGCCUUUCCUGACGACUUUGAUGACGAUGACCUGAACUGAUACGGACAAUAUGGCUCACCCAUUCCGCUGCGUAUCUUGUCGACUGUAAUGGAACCCUUAUUUGCAUGCGCGUGUGUGUGUGUGUCUGUGCCUGUGUCUGUGUCUGUGUCUGUGUCUGUGUGUCUGUGUCUGUGUGUCUGUGUGUCU